CCUGUACGACCCUCCAUAAACACAAAUGUCUUCAUACGAAUUCAAAAGAAUCAUUUGUCCAUUUUCAGAGACUCCUGCCGAGUGGCAUGCACGCCAAAUGACGUUUGAUCCGUCAAAGGAUGUGGCUGUGUUUGCAAGGAUAUCAUAUGAUGCUUAUAAUGAGAGACUUAGUAUAGUGGAAGAGAUUGACGAGAAAAAAGAGAAGAAGUUCUACGAGUACAUUCUCCUCCAUAGAGAGCGCACCAUGUACCAGAUCGAAUUAAGCAUUAACAAGACUGGAAAGUGUGUCAAGAAAGACCUGGAUGAACCCUUCCACAGGUUUGAGAUACCGAGUAAUGCAACAUUUUAUGGAGAAGCAACCAUCGGUUCAAAUGCUCUUCCUGGCCUGGGAGUGAACGUGGCUCUUUUUGGGGGAGAAAUGGGAGACGAUCGUUAUUAUGUGACGGUUACCGAGCCGGGUUGUGUUCCAGUUCAUGAAAAUGUGGUGUCCAAGAAGUAUGGCUUCAUUCACACCAGCUUUUUCGAUGUGGAGCUUGGCGUGGAUCCUGAAAGGUUUGUUCCUCCAAGUGAAUGCGAGGAGUAGUAAUCUGACAACAUGUCGCCCAUGCACAGCUUAUUUCAGUCACCAUGUAUUAGUGAUUAAUUUUGUUCCAGAGCCCUCCGUUUUACUGGCCAGCAGUAAUGGAGGAAAGGCUCUGUAAAGGGAUUGAUUUGUAGUUCAUUGUUAAAUAAACAAGCUGAUGCAAGAACAUUA